AUGUCUGGUCGGGCUGGAAGACGAGGGCAAGACCUGUUGGGUGAUGUCUACUUCUUUGAUAUUCCACUGCCCAAGACAGAAAAACUCAUAAAAUCCAAAGUGCCUGAGCUGAGAGGCCAGUUUCCUCUCAGUAUCUCACUCAUUCUGAGACUCAUGCUGCUGGCCUCCAAGGCAGAUGACCCAGAGGAUGGCAAGGCAAAGGCGCUGUCAGUGCUGAGGCACUCAUUGUUAUCCUUCAAACGUCCCCGAGUCACAGACAUGUUAAAGCUUUACUUCUUAUAUUCUUUGCAGUUCCUGGUGAAAGAGGGUUAUAUAGAUCAAGAAGGUAACCCUACAGGGUUUGCUGGCCUUGUGUCACAUUUACAUUACCAUGAACCGUCUAAUCUUGUUUUUGUCAGUUUUCUUGUAAGAGGUCUUUUCCAUAAUCUUUGUCAGCCAACUCAUGAAGGUUCAAAACAUUUUUCUGAAGAUGUAAUGGAAAAGCUGGUUUUAGUAUUGGCAAAUCUCUUUGGAAGAAAAUAUAUUCCAGCCAAGUUCCAAGAUGCUAAUAUAAAGUUUUAUCAAUCAAAAGUGUUCCUUGAUGACCUCCCUGAGGACUUCAGUGAGGCCCUGCUUGAGUACAACACUCAAGUGACAGAGGACUUUACUACUUUUCUGCGAAUUGUGUCUCGAUUCGCUGAUAUGAAACAGGAAUAUCAACUCCCCUUCUCAAAAAUUGAAUUCACAGGUAAGGAACAUGAAGACUCACCACUUGUGUCUCACCUGAUGAGCUGCAGGGAAGGAAGGAAGGCAGUUUCACCAUUUGUUUGUCUGUCUGGAAACUUUGAUGUGGAUUUGCUUCAUCCAGGAGUUUCAGAUAAUGUCGUUCUAAACACAAUUGGUAUCAAUCACACCCAAGCCCCUGUACUGUGGCCACACGGAUUUGAUACUACAGGAAGAAAAUUGCCACUUGAUGCAUAUGCACUUGACUUCUAUAAGCAUGGAUCCCUUAGGGGAUUAGAACAAGACAAUAGGAUACAUCAAGGGGAUGCUUACCAGUUAUUGAAAGAUUUUAACCUUACCAUUAAAUCUAUAAGUGUCUCCUUACGUGAACUGUGUGAAAAUGAAGAUGACAACGUUGUUUUAGCAUUUGAACAAUUGUCUGAGUCCUUUAAUGAGAAGUUUAAAAAAGUGUGAAAAGAAAAACUAUGUAAAUCACCUAAAAUAUCACCAUAUAAGCUUUGGAAGUUACAUAUAUUUUUAUUCUCAUUGAUGAUCAAAUAAUCAUACACAAUGAAAUGGAAUGAGCAAGAGACUUGCUGUGCUUGGCUUUGAGCAUUUUUGGUUGUACCACUUGGUGUGCCUAAGUCUUGGCUUCUUUAAAUGAUUGACUAAAAAUGCUUAUGUCUCCAAAUUAUUGUGGAUUGAAUGAGAAAAUGCAGGAUUUUGCAUAUAUAUGUAUGAAGAUUAUUUUUGUACUCUGUGAGACCCAAACAAAUAUUGUAUUUAAAUACUUUCAUUGUUACUGCAUUAAUAUUGCAGUAUUCUAAAAUGUAAUAUAUUCUUCCUAAUAAACAUAAAAAGAUUAUACUGCUUAGAGAGUUACCUAUUGAAAUAGUAAAUCUUAUUAAAUAAGCUGCUUGUAAAAUUAUUUUUAUUCAUUUUUGUGAAGCUUUAAAAGAAACAUAUUCCCAAUGUUUUGCUUCAUUUUAAUUGUAUAUACAUGAUUGUUGAAAUAAUGACCUCAUUGGUUUUAUUUGUGUGAAAUAUAUUCAUCUAGUAAUUAACUUACAUGGUAUCAUUCAUUCUGUAGAAUUAUUUAUAUGGGAUCAUUCUUAAUUGAGGCCUUCGCCUCAAUUCUCAACUGUAGAAUCUAUCUGAAACCCUCAAAUUGAACUUACAACACUGAAUCCUCAAAACAAAGGAUGAGUCUUUUCUGUUACUCGGGCAUCUCACUGAACGAUGCUCUUUUUGGUGUCACCAUCAGUAGAUUGUAGUGAUUUAAAAAAAUGGUUAUGGUUCAUUUAUUCCUGAAGAAAAAUAAAACUCUAAUUAUUGAAAAUGAA